GCCGCCGCCGGCGAGAUGAGCUCGGGGCCCCGCCGUGGUGUUGACUCCACCACCAAGCCGAGGGAGGAGGGGAACGACGAAGACAGCGCGACGGGGAGGAAGAGGGUCACGUACACGAGGGAGUUCCUGCUCGCAGUCGGCGGCUCGGAGGCCUGCCGCCACGGCGACAAGCUUCCCGCGGGCUUCGACGCCUCCGUGUCCCUCCUGAGCCUGUGGUGCGGGCGGAUGCUGUCCCUGAGUGAUCAGCUUGGCCCCGGCGAGGAUGGCAAGGGCGCGCGGAGCCCGGCGGCGUGGAAGUGGGUUCCUCGCUCGGAUGCAUCACGCGGCGGCCACGGCCAUGGGGCGGCAGAGGAUUCCUCCCAGCGCCCGCGAGAGCCGGAGUCAUCCCAAACCGGUGCACGAAGCAAAUGGCCAUGCACCAGAUUUUUCAGCACUGCUGGGUGCUGCUUUGGUGAGAAUUGCCGCUUCAUCCAUUACUUCCCUGGCAGCUACCAGGCUCCUGCAGAUCCUCCAAGAAGUAUAUCAUGGGGACCUGCUGUUCCUGAUGACUCGCUUACACAAACUGCUGAGAGGAAGCUUGGCAAGUAUAUGUCCAAGGACAACUCAGUACCACUACUCAGGGAGCAAAGGCCCACCGAUCACUGCACGCCUCAACAAGCACCCAUCCAUGGCACGGUCUCUGCGGCAAGCUUCGGCGCCUCUGCAACAGCCAAGAUCAGUGUUGCCGCAUCCCUCGCAGGUGCCAUCAUCGGGAGGGGUGGAGUCAACAUAAAGCAGAUAUCCCGGGACAGUGGUGCCAAGGUGCGCAUCCAACAUCACGAAUCAGACAGCAAAUUGAAAAAUGUCGAGCUUCAGGGCACAUUCGAUCAGAUCAAGAAGGCAAGCACCAUGGUCAUGGAGCUGAUCGGCAUCGGCAGCGAGACAGCAAGCAACUUCAAGACCAAGCUCUGCGGGCACUUCGCCAGAGGAUCAUGCACUUAUGGUGACAAUUGCCGCUCUGCCCACAGCAUGAGUGAGCUGCGCAAGCCAGCUAUUGCUCCUCGAGAUCGGCCUGGUGGUUGGUGAAGACCCAUGGAUGUAACUAUGCCUGAGGCCUGAGGGCUGGUGAUGAGUUUGCUUGGGAUUUCAAGUCGCAUCAUAUUUGUGGUGUUUCUCAGGCUUGUUCAAUUUGGCCCCGUCAGUUAGGUUAUUACUCUUUUCGCCUGUGAAUCUGUGACGAUGUGUUGCUGUAGUUUUGGCGUUCUGCUGCUUUGAGCGAAGUUUCACCCAUGUAAUUUUGUGUUUCUGACGAUCUCAUUCAUGGUGGUUGCUUCAAAAAAAUCCAAAUGGAUCUGGUUCUGUUUGCUCUAUACA